AUGGGGAGGCGGCGGGAGCCGGGCAGGGCGGUGGGGCCCGGCGGGGCCGCCAGCUGUCAAAGAGGCAUCCCGGGCUCCGCCAGCGGGAGCAGCCUUAUGUGUCCCAGCUGCGAAGCCCCCUCGGCCCCGCUCGCCAUGAACACCGAGGAGCAGUAUUACGCCUCGGCGCAGCUCUACAAGGAGUCGUGCGCGUUUCAGAGAGCCCAAGCGCAGGACUACAACCCCAGCCCCCCCGCCUGCCUGUACAUGGGCAGGCAGCAACAGACUCCUUAUUCCAGCGCCUUAGGGGCUCUCGAGCAAGGCAGCCCUCCAGACAUUUCACCUUAUGAGGUGCCCCCCAUCACUGAGGAUGCCGGGGUCUCCCACCUUCAUCACCAUCACCACCACCAUCCUCAUCUUCCUCCUCCCCACCAGGACGCGCUGCCUUUCGCAGACGGGGCGGACACGGGGGCUGUAGAGGAGCCCCGAGUGCAGGUGCCUUUCGCCUGGAUGAAGUCCACCAAAUCGCAUGCCUGGAAGGGACAGUGGACCGGUGGAUCCUACAUGGUGGAACCGGAGGAGAACAAGCGGACGAGGACGGCGUACACGCGGGCGCAGCUGCUGGAGCUGGAGAAGGAGUUUCUCUUCAACAAGUACAUCUCCAGGCCGCGGCGGGUGGAGCUGGCUGUCAUGUUGAACUUGACCGAGAGGCACAUCAAGAUCUGGUUCCAGAACCGGCGGAUGAAGUGGAAGAAAGAAGAAGACAAAAAACGAGGGGCGGGCAACAGCAAUGACCCCGAGCAAGACUGCGUUGUGUCCUCCGGGGAGCUGCAGACCAAGGAGGAUCUCCAGCCGUGUCCCGCCGGGAACCUUCCCUCGGGAGCCUCCAGGGACCUUCUCGCCCCCAGCCUAGUCCCCAGAAGGCAGCAGGACUCUCGGUGA